AUGCGGUCGAAAAUUAAGUCAAAUUUGGUCAAAUCUGACUUAAUUAUUUCGACCGCACACGGUCAAAAUAAUAAAUUUGAAAAAUUUAAUGUACUCCCCCAACAUCAAUCGUGCAAUUCUCACCAAAAAUACCAAAACCUAAUUUUAUCCCAAACUCCCACCCCCACCACACCCCUACCCCGCCGCCGACGCCCCAUCCCCACCACUGCCUGUCCUCCGUUGCCGCCCUUGCUGUCCGCCAGAGGGGGGAACCACAGAAGCAAGUUGACUAGUGAUGUAGCUGGGGAGCUUAGUGAUACAUCUGUAAGUUGUGAGGAAACUAGAUCCAAUUCUCAGGCUAUUGCAUUUUCUCCAUUGGAGCAGCAAGUGCUGAAGAAGCCCCAGGUGAUUACAGUGGUUCUGAAAGUUCACAUGCAUUGUGAGGCUUGUGCUCACGAAAUCAAGAGGCGUAUACAAAGAAUGAAAGGCAAGAUUAUUAAUUUUGCUAUUAUUUUCUUCACUCUUUUUCUUUUAUUUAAUUAAUUUGGGAGUAGUAGGAGUACUAUUUUGAUUCAUUAUGCUGAUUUUCUGAUUAUGCUUUUGUUACACUUUUCAGUUGUAUUUGUUAAUUAAAGGACGUUUCUUUUCUCUUUUUCGGAUCUCUACAAUAACAUUGGAUACUUAAGGAUCUCUAUAUUCUAUAUAUGUACCUUUCUCAAUCAGUACAUUCUUUUAUUAGUUAGUAGGAAUAGAAUAUUCAAUUCUUAAAGAUUCUCUUAAAAUUCUUCAGUUUUGAGUUUAAUUCAAGCAC